AUGGGAUCCACCGUUAAGUGGCCAGGCAAGCUCAAUCCCGAAGCAAGGAAAGAUACAACCAAAUGGUGCGAGUUUCACGGUGACCACGGGCAUAACACUACAGAUUGCAUCGCUUUGUGGCUCAAGGUCGCUGCACUUUUGAAGAGGGGACAUUUCCGAGAUCUCCUAACGGAUAAAGGGAAGAACACCAUUAGCCAGAAAAGCACUAAAGAAACAUCACCACCUCCGCGGGAACCCACACCAAAAGGAUUCUGUUCACUCAUCUCCAGGGGAUUAGAGAUUAGCGAGGUAAUUCAGUUUGAAGAUGGUGAGCCGGUCACCUUGGUCGCUCCUCAUCACGAUGCUCUAGUCAUCUCUCUGCAGAUCGCCAACAUCCUAGUGAAGAGGGUAUUCAUAGAUGGAGGUUCCUCAACAAACAUCCUAUUCCUUGAAGCAGUGAAGGCUAUAGGUCUGGAAGAAGCAAAUAUCAAUAGGAGGCUGACACUGCUGGUUGGUUUCAGUUCUGAGUAG